AUGGACGGCCUAGACGAGUUUGAAAAAUCCCUUGCCGCCGAACGGUUGGAGCGCGCAGAGGCUGAAAGGGCAGACAAGGGUGGACACCGUCAACAACGUCAUGGCAAACACCGCCAUCAUCAUCGGCACCAUGACCACGGCGACGACGGAGACAGACAGCACAGGCAUCACCGACAUCGUCACCGCCAAGAAGACGACCAUGAGCAUAGACACAAGAGAAGCCGACACUCACGCGAUGACCGCGCCGACGACUCCCGUCCAUCCGGACACAAACACCAUGGCAACAGCAGCCGGGAACGCCCUUCACGCCGCAGGCACGAGAGGGAACCGGGCCCAUCGGGAAACGAGGGCCCAUCCGAUGCUCCCGUGCGUGACGCCUGGAUGAGAGCACCGUCGUCCAUGGAAGUCGAGCACAUACAUCGUGCAGAGAGGAACAAGCCUCCAUCGCCGCCUCCGCAGCCGCCGAAGCGAAUCGUCCACUCACGCGAACUGAAUCAAGAUAUCCGGCAACAAAACCAAGAGUCGUCGCUGUCGGACCUGCACCAGCCCGCCGCCGCUGAGAGAAAAGUGGACUACGUCUUUGGUGACUCUGGUUCUUCAUGGCGCAUGACCAAGCUCAGAGGGGUGUACACGACUGCCCAAGCAAGUGGCCGCCCAGUCGAAGACGUCGCGGUUGAGCGGUACGGCAGUUUGCGAGACUUUGAUGACGCACGAGAAGAGAAGGAGGAGAUGGAGCGGCGCAGCAUCUACGGUCAAGGGUACAAGGAGAAGGAAGGGCCGACGGGAGACUUGUAUCGAGCUCGACAAGAAGACGACCAGACGAGGGCACAUGACGAAUCAGCUGCGGCAGAAGCAGAUUCGGGCACUGUCAUGGCAGCGCAAGGGGCAGAAGCAGCGCAGAGCCCAGCAGCCAUGGACCAGACGUCGCUCAAUCGCCUGCGCGCACAAAUGAUGAAGGCCAAGCUGCGCCGCGCCCCCAACGCCGCACAGCUGGAGGAGGAAUACAAUCGCGCCGCUGCCCUCGGACCCCGGCCCAAUGCUAACGAGGCCGUCGUCCUCGGCAUCAUGGACCACCGCCAAUUAGCAGGCACCAGAGGCGAAGUCAAGGCCGUCGACACCAGGCGCGGUCGCGAGAGAGGUCUAGUGGAGGAGAACAACGACAUGUCCGUCGAGGACAUGGUCAGGGAGGAGCGCCGCACCAAGAACCAAUCUGGCGGCGAAGGGCUGCGUCUCGCUGAACGCAUUGCCAAGGACGGCAAAUACGACAAUGACCUGGACUACAUGGACGAGAAUGCGGAAAAGCUCGCCAGACGCGUACACAAGAGCGAGAUCAACCUGAAGAACAUGGCUGUCAACGAGUUUCAAAAGCUGACGCGCGCCCUGGACAAGUGCCCCCUGUGUCACAACGAAGACAAAGGCCGGCCGCCCGUGGCGCCCGUCGUGUCUCUCGGAACGCGAGUCUUUCUCACCCUCGCGACGGAGCCCGAGGUCAGUCCCGGCGGCGCCGUCAUUGUGCCCAUUACGCACCACCGCAACCUCUUGGAAUGCGACGACGACGAGUGGGAAGAGAUUCGCAACUUCAUGAAGAGCCUCACGCGCAUGUAUCACGACCAAGGCCGCGAGGUCAUCUUUUACGAGAACGCCGCGUCGCCUCAUGGCCGGAUGCACGCCGCCAUGGUUGCCGCCCCUAUUCCCUACCAAGAAGGCGCCACGGCCCCGGCCUACUUCAAGGAAGGCAUCCUAUCGAGUGACGAGGAGUGGUCGCAGCACAAAAAGGUCAUUGAUACGGCUGCCAGGGCCAGGGACGGCAUGGGUAGAAUGGCAUUCAGGAGGAGCAUCGCCAAGGAGAUGCCCUACUUUCACGUCUGGUUUUCGCUCGAUGGCGGGCUGGGGCACAUUGUUGAGAAUGCCGAUCGUUGGCCACGGGGGGACUUGUUUGCGAGGGAAGUGCUGGGCGGGAUUUGCGAUGCCGAACCGCAUCUCGUCAAGAAGCAGGGCCGGUGGGUGCGUGGUGAUGCGAGGGUUGAUGAGUGGAAACGAGGCUGGAGGAAGUUUGAUUGGACUAGAGUCUUGGAGCAGUCGUAG